AUGGCCAGCAACUCCAAAAAGAAGAAUAUGGAAAGUCAGUACAGAGUGCUUUUUACUCUUGGCCAAGGUUCCUUUGGCACUGUGAAACUGGCCUCGCACCUGAAAACCGAGGCGCUGGUUGCCAUAAAAACGGUAGAGAUUUGCAAGAAGAACAUCAGGGGGAUACAUGCCGAAAUAUCAGCAUUGGAGACACUGCACCAUCCCAACAUUAUCUGCCUCUACCAGGUACUGGUAACAUCAAGGCACGUUAACCUUAUCACCGAAUAUAUUCCGGGAGGAAGCUUGUAUGAAAUCAUUAAGGAAGAUGGCCCGAUGCAGGAGGAGGAGGCAAAGAAAAUAUUCGGGCAGGUAGUGUCAGCUGUAAAGUACUGCCACAGCCUGGAUCUUGUGCAUCAUGACAUCAAGCCGCAGAAUAUACUAAGGGAUGAGGACGGUAAUGUAAAGCUGAUAGACUUUGGUCUGGCCAUCACGUGCAGAUCUGGCACAUUACUGAAACGGCAGUGUGGGACCAAAAGCUGUUUCACUCCAGAGCUUGUACUAAGGGAGCCAUUUGAUGGGGAAAAGGCUGACGUGUGGAGCUUGGGCGUGGUACUAUUUUUCAUUAACAUUGGGCACUACCCCUUCAGAGGAAACACCAUGAAGGAGAUGGACGAAAACAUCACAACAGGGACCUAUGACAUUCCAUCUCACGUCUCUGGGCAGCUGGAAAACUUAAUCCACCAAUUGCUCACAGUUGCCCCAGAGAUGAGGCCGUCCACUGAGAGAAUCGAAAACCAUCCCUGGGUGGUGAAGUGUGAGGUAGACAUCCCGACUGAGACCGAUCCAGAUUAUAACAUCAUAGACAGGCUCUGUGGCAUGGGAUUUGAUGCCAAUGAGAUUAUAGAAUCCCUGGACAAGAGAAAAUACAAUGAACCCCUGGGGGCGUAUUUGAUUCUAAAAGCACAGGCAGACAAGGGGCAAGAGCAUGCAUUUACAACUUCAGUUGAGACUAUGGAUUGGUGCCCUACACCACCCCCUUCACCAGCUGAUCCCUCUAUCUCUGGUCUUCCCUUGAAGAAAAGGACCAGUGAGUCCAACUUUAGUCUCCUCCACAUACAGCCCUCAGAAAUGCAUGGGCCUGUUGCCCUGACACCAUCGGGACAGGACGUGGCCACAAGUGUCUCCAUGCCUCCAGUUGCUCUACAUUGUCCAGAGAAAAAGACCAGCAGCACUUCCACCUGUGCCCUCCAUAACGGAUCUGUGGUGGCCCCCAGUGUCUGCAACAACAUACUGGAGGAGGAAUUGCCUAUGCCACCUGAGCAACACUCUCAUAUACAAACAUCUCCUCCUAAGAAGCCUGGGUGCUUCAAGAGACUCACCAGGAAAAUCAGAGCAGGCCUAUCAAGACUCUGUUGCUUCCCCUGUGCUCAAAAGACAAAGACCCCGAAAACAUCCUCCAAAAAAGUGGCUCCCCUGAGAGAGACAGGAGGCAGAACACAGUAA